AUGGGGAAAGAAGUACGUAUGGUCUUUCUUGAUUUCACUAAAGCAUUUGAUAAGGUAUGGCAUAAGGGUUUACUUUACAAAUUGCAGACUCUUGGGCUGAAGGACCCUCUUCUAAGUUGGUUUCGUAGUUAUUUAACAGACCGAAAACAAAGAGUUGUUAUCGAUGGGCAGACCUCGAGUUGGUUAAACACUGAAGCUGGAGUCCCACAGGGCACUAUGCUCGGGCCAUUGAUUUUUCUUACAUAUAUUAACGAUAUUUGUGUAGACAUUGUAUCUAACUGUUUUCUUUACGCUGAUGACACAUCUUUAUUUGACAUAACUGACGACCCAACAAGUUCUGCUUCAAAAUUAAACUUGGAUCUUGAUAAAAUUAGUCAUUGGUGUAAACAAUGGCUAAUGGAGCUGAAUCCUUCCAAAUGA